AUGGAAGAACAAUACCAACUUCUAUCAGAAAUUAUUUUCAACAAUCAAAAGUGGAAAGCUAAAGUGAUUGUAGUUGAAAAACAAUCACCAAAGCCUUCGAGACAAGGCAAUGGAAGGUACCAACAUUUGAUGUUAAUGGAUACUCAGGGUAGUACUAUUCAGGCAAGCUUAUAUGAUUCCAAUAUCACUGCUUUUGAGGAUCAACUUGUUCUGGGAAAAACUUAUACUAUUUCGAAAGCUUAUGUAAAGAACAAUAUGACAAACUACAGAUAUUCGACUGGCUCUCUACAAUGGACAAUAUCUGGAGAAACUCGUAUUGAAGAAUUGAAUGAAGAUAAUCUAGAGUUUGUAUUCUCAACAUAUCAACUGACACAAUUUCAUGAACUUGAACAAUACAUGGAUACAGAUGCUGAUUUAAAUAUACUUGCAGUUGCAGUUGAUAUGACACCCAAACGAUUGAUUCAAUCCAAAGAUGGCAACCAAAUUUGGUUGCAAGAUAUCAUACUUCUAGACAUGAAUUUCAAAACAAUGGUGCUUACACUUUGGAAUUCAUUUGUUGACAGAGAAUGCUUAUUGAUAGCAAACAUUAUUGACAAAAAGCCAGUCAUCUUCACAACCCGUCUAAAGAUUACAUCAUUAUUUGGUUUAAAAUUGUCCAUGAAAGUCCAUUCCACUUUCUUCAUAAAUACGCCUUUCAACUCAGUAAAACAAAUGACAGAAUGGAUAAGAACAAAUUUCAUUAAAAUAGAUGAUUUUGUAUUCAAAAAAUCAUACAUGAACAAAAGCCCUACGAAUCUUUCUCCACCUGUACGAAGUAAAUUCACUCCUAUUCAAAAUCUUCAGGAACGCCUUCUAACGCGACAGUUUUAUUGGGUAAAUGGCACAGCAACAACAGAUAAAAUUGAUAGCAAAUCUUGGACUAGAGCAUAUGUACAGCUUUCAGAUGUCACGGGAUCAAUCAGUGCAAAUGCAAUUGGUGAACCAGUUGAGAAACUAUUAUUUACAACUUCAGAGUCUUUGAUGGAGGAAACCAAAUUUGGUUCAAAGACAAAUUUCGAAGCAACCAUUAAAAAAAUGCAGGAUACUGAACGAGCUUUCUACUCGAAAGCAUUGCAAAAUGAACCUAAUUCAUCAAGUUACAAAUUUGAUAUUAUCUUUGUAACAGACUUUGACCACCCAAGUCCAGGACAAGAAAUUUAA